CCCCAUAUCUAGCAGAAGUCAAUAUGGCGGCGCACAUUGAAUUGUUUCUCUGAUAUCCUUCCCGAAUGAUGCAAAUAAGUAUUCUCCGAAACGUACGCAGGACAAUGGUUACCAUAGUUUGGAAGAUGCGCUGUCCACUUGGGCAAAGUCGUAUUUCGUCGCUGUUAGUACGACUCAUUCGCAGAUAUUCUGCUAACAGGAAAAAUACCAGUUCAGUCCGCGUUCGCUUCGCUCCCAGUCCUACCGGCGACAUGCACAUCGGAAGUUUGAGGACGGCUUUGUAUAACUACCUGUUUGCUAAAAAGUUUAACGGUUCAUUCGUCCUACGAAUCGAAGACACUGACCAGACAAGAUUAGUGCCUGGUGCUUCUGAGCGAAUUCUAAAUACUCUGCAGUGGGCUGGAAUAGGCCCCGAUGAAGGGCCCUAUUUAGGUGGUGACUACGGACCAUAUGUCCAGUCGCACAGAAUAGAACUUUACCAAAAGCAUGCUCACAUGUUGUUGGAGACCGGGGCAGCAUACAAGUGCUUCUGCACAGACACCCGCUUGCAGUUGAUACGCAAGGACGCCCUGAGGAAUAGGCAAAUUCCGAAGUAUGACAACCGCUGCCGACACCUCCCACCAAGGAGUACGGAGAACAGUGAAGAACCUUAUGUCAUACGGUUAAAGCUAACCGACGGUGACAUGACGUUCCACGAUGGCAUCCAUGGGCCUGUCACACUCAACAUCUCGGAGACAGAGGGAGAUCCCAUAAUAUUGAAGAGUGACGGGUUUCCAACUUACCACUUGGCAUGCGUAGUGGACGAUCACUUGAUGGACAUCACACAUGUGCUCCGAGGAGUGGAAUGGCAAGUGUCAACACCCAAGCAUCUCAUGCUGUACAAUGCAUUUGGGUGGACAGCACCAAAGUUUUUACACUUACCCCUCAUGCUCAACAAGGAUGGGACGAAACUUUCCAAACGUCAAGGUGACAUUUCCAUCAGCAAAAUCAGGGAAGAAGGCUAUUCUCCUACGACUCUUCUGAACUUCCUGAUCUUGGCCGGCGGUGGGUUUGGAAAGCAGACCGGCGAGGAGUUCUACCCAUUGCCUCAAAUUGUCGAAAAGUUUUGCCCAGACGAGCUGAAUCCAAACUCGUGUCAGCUUGACAUGGAUCGACUUCCUCAGUGUAGUCGGCUUGAAUUACAUUCGCGACUUCGGUCUGCGAGCAGCUGCGAGGACAUAGUAGAUGAACUGCGGGACAAGCUUCGCGAAAAAUAUGGCAACAGGCUACCAUCUGAUGUGCUGUCGGAAACAUAUCUCCUGCGAGUAAUCCAAGAAAGCAAGGAUCGAAUAAAUUGUGUUAAAGAUCUACUGCACGAUUCGCUGGAGUAUAUAUGGCUAGAUCCAGAAGAUGCAUACUCGGAUGAGAGCUAUGAUGAUUGCCGAACAGCCACGAGAGAGCUUUGUGACAAGUUACAACUUUUGGAACAGGACGUCCUCCACCGUGACGUGGUGACCACACUGACGAGGCAGACAUCGCGGGAAUUACAUAUCAAGCACGCACGUUUUAUGCAAUUUCUGCGUCUGCUGCUCAGUGGGCUCAAGGAAGGACCAGGUGUUGGGGAAAUGAUGUCCAUCUUGGGCAAGAAGAUCACCUUGGACAGACUUUCAAAAGGGCUGCCAAAAUCCGAUACAUCGAAAGGAAGUGUAGCAACACACCGGUGAACGCUUCAGUUUGUAUGUAGCUGAUAUUGUCGAGCUGGAGUUUGGGCACAUCGUCGGUUCCGCCUCAUUAUUUUCUUGUACUGAAGGAUGAACUAGGACAAAGCUAUCUACUAAAAAUCAUUGUUCCACAGA